CCACGGAGAGAGGGAUUCUGGGGUGUGUGGAGGGCCUGGGGGUACGCGGGCCAGAGCUGCCUGGCCUCUACUCCUGCCUCUACCCCAACCCCAGCUGAGACCUGCAGUCUGGCCUCAGGCCAGAAGCAGGCUCAGCAGGUCCCAAGGGGUGUGGUGGCAGCCGGUGGUGGAGCCAGCCUACAUCAGCCAGGCAGUCAGCGAGGCUACACAGUCCAUCGGGAAUGGCUCAGCUUGCGGCAGCCAGCGCCUGAAGAAGCAGCGCGGCCAUGAGCCCUCUGCUGUACUACGCCCUUCCCGCCCUGAGCAGCUAUGUCAUGCUCUCCAUCUUCUUCCUGCGCCGGCCUCGCCUGCUGCAUACGCCAUGGGUUUCAGCCUUCUGUCCCCGCCUGGGGGCCCACCGGGGAGGAUCUGGAGAGCGCCUGGAGAACACCAUGGAGGCCAUAGAGAACGCCAUGGCCCAGAGAGCCGACCUCCUGGAGCUCGACUGCCAGCUGACUCGGGAUGGCGUGGUGGUGGUGUCACACGACAAGAACCUGUACCGCCAGUCAGGCGUGAAUAGGGAUGUGGGCAGCCUGGACUUUGAGGAGCUGCCCCUCUACAAGGAAGAGCUGGAGGUUCACUUCUCGCCGGGCCACUUUGCACACGGGUCAGACAGGCACAUGGUGCGUCUGGAGGACGUGUUCCGGAGGUUCCCGUGGACGCCCAUGAGCUUGGAAGUCAAAGAGCAAAAUGAAGAGCUCAUUCGCAAGAUAGCGGGCCUGGUGAGGCACUAUGAACGCGAUGAAAUCAGCAUCUGGGCCUCGGAGAAGAGCUCAGUCAUGAAGAAGUGCAAGGCCGCUAACCCCAAGAUGCCCACCGCCUUCACAAUAAGCCGAGGAUUCUGGGUGCUGCUGCUCUAUUACCUGGGGCUGCUGCCCUUCAUCUCGAUCCCUGAGAGGUUCCUCAUCUCUUUCCUGCCCACCAUCAUCAACAGAGAGACCCAAGGGGCUGACCACGACACCACCUCUCCACAGGACCUACUUCCCAUUUUCCUGCUCUGGGCUGAAUCAGCUGGCGGCUGUGGUUUCCAAAUGGCUUAUCAUGAGGAAAAGUCUGAUCCAACACCUGGAGCAGCGAGGGGUGCAGGUGGUAUUUUGGUGCCUUAACGAAGAGUCAGAUUUUGAAGUGGCCUUCCGCCUGGGGGCCACUGGCGUCAUAACUGACUACCCGACAGCCCUGAGGCGCUACCUGGACCACCAUGGACCACCUGCCCUGGCCUCCUAACCCAGAGGUGCUCACCCUCUCCUCUAUUUCUCUUCCCCAAUAAAUGUAUUCUCUUCA